CGUAAUCCGACCCAUCUCCCAUCUCUCUACCGACCUACUAUAAACCCUCCCCUUUCCUCUCUCACACUGUCUCCCUCUCUUUUGCUUGCUCCAAAACCGAGGAGAAAGAGAGAGAGAGGGAGGGGACGAGAGAGGGAGCUCUGAUUUAUGUCUACGAGCACUGCUGCCUCGUUCCAUCGUCAAGCUCGAGCUCUCUGGACUCGCCCCUUCCUUACCUCUGCUCUUGAAUUCAUGACUCCGAACAUCGAUUCGAUGCGCUUGAAUUCGUCGGGAGCUGGUUUUGGAGUGGAGUCCUUUGGGUUUCUCCUCCUGGAUCGGUAUUUCUUCAUCUUCUUGCUUCGGAUUAGAGGAGGAACCCUACCUUGACCAACCCUGUUCUCUCUCCUGCUAUUUUUUCUUGUGUUUUGCCCUUUUCUUUUGUGUUGUUUCCGAAUUUUGGGGGAGUUCCAGAGGGAGAUUAAGAUGAUGGAGCCGCGGAUUCAACAGCUCUGGAGCCGAUACAGGAUGCGAAGGAAGAGGAAGAUGAAGAAGUUAGACAGCUUGUGUUCGAUCAGAGAUCUGAAACCACCGAUGAUGAGGAGGAAGAUGAGUAGUGGGAAGUUGGAGAGGUCGAGCGCCGCCAGAUCGACUCCCGUCCAAAGAAUCAGGGUCUUCUUCACCGAUCCCGAUGCCACCGACAGUGACGACGGCGACGAGGCUGUGAUGAAGCAGUGUAAGCGAGUGGUCCGGGAGAUCCACGUGGACCGGAUCGCUAAAACCCUAAAAACCCCAGCCGAUCCGGAGAACGAGAGGAGGCAGAAGAAGAAGAAGGAAGCGGCGAGAGUGGCGGUGCCGUCGCCCGCGGCCACCGGCAGGCACAAGGGCGUCCGGCAGCGGCGGUGGGGCAAGUGGGCGGCGGAGAUCCGGGACCCCAUCCGACGCGCCCGCCUCUGGCUCGGUACCUUCGCCACCGCCGAGGAGGCGGCUGCCGCGUACCGGGCUGCCGCGUCACGGCUGGAGGAGGAGAAGCGCCGUCUCCAGCACUCUGGGCCGGCGGAGGGCUCGGCCUAUUCCUUCGUCUCCGUCCCGUCCCCGUCCUCAGUCCUCACACCGCCAGCGGCGACGGCGGAGGAGAAGGCUGAGAGAACCAUCGCGGAGCUCUUCAGGGAGCGGCGGGUAGAGGUACCGGCCGAGAUGGACUUCGAUGCGCUUGACGGAGAUGCGCCGUUCUUGCUGGGCGAGCUGGGGGAUGACUUGAUCGGAUUCGACGAUGGAUUUGACGAUCUCCCACUCUGGGGGCAGACAUUGGACGGAAUAUGGACGCUCCAAUUCUGGGUGGUCCCUGUUUGUGACAUCGGCAGUUGGAUCAAGUCAACAAGGAGUGCCAAACAUAUCAGCAUCUUCUCUUGCAUAUCUCGGAACUCUUUAGGAUUCGUCCUUUAGAAUAAACCUUAGAAUUGUGUGCUUCAUUUUUCUUGCAUCUUGAUCUGAAUGAUUUGUUGAAUUUUAUUGGUACUAAGACCAAAGAAACAAGUAUUAAUUGGUUUAUAACUUAAUUGGUAAGAUGUAUUCAAUAUUUAUAUACAUUCAAAUCUUGGAUAUUGAUCUUGAUGGAAGGGAAUAUCCAAGAUGUCUUUUA